AAAUACAAUUUUUAAAUUGUUGCAUUUGAAACUAAGACAGUUUUUACCUUUAUUUCAGGUCAGUUAAGAGCACAUGCUACCAAACAAUCAUAAAACUAGUAUUUGUUCAAAAAACCCAUCAUCAAAUUGAAGCAUGACAACAGGUUGAAACCGUUGAAAGCCGAGGUCAGUUUUGGUGACUGGAGAAAGACAAAUCUUUUUUUUAAAUCCUGUAUGAAUUGUGUCAUGAAUCACAUGUAGGAUAUUUCUCAGUUUAAAUGAUAUUUUCUCAAGUCCAUAAAGUCGCAGUUUGUUGUAAUUAAAGUAAAAUACCACCUUGUUUUGUGAUAAAUCGCUCAUUGAACAACGUCGACUUGCUCAACACACAUUAAAAGAUACAAAAAAAGAUGAAAAUAAAAAUGAAUCUACUCAUUGACAAAUGCAAUUAUGUGAAAGGAGAGUUCUUCAUGCACGCUAAGAUUGGGGAGCAGCUCUACAAAGUUUUAAUUUACGAGUUUUAACACCACUGUGUAGUCUUAAUGAUGACUGAUUUUCAUUCUGAUAUUUCAUAAUUUUUUCUUGAGUUGGAAACUUAUGUUUAAAGUGACAAACAUCAUACCUGUGAUUUAAAGCACCAUUUUAAUAAAAUAAUCAAAUUUAAAAAUGAGUCCCAUGAUGGAAACCGGAAGGGGAGUGGCUUCAGCUAGUCUUCGAGCGACCGUGCUUUUACUCUGAAGGCUGGACACAUCAACCGGAAGUCGUUGUGAUUCUGUGCAGCUGGGAUUUUGUUCCGGCCGACAGCCCGAAGAUGAAUUGGAGCACAACAAAGCUGCAAGACACGCACAAAUAACGGAAGAUAAUAUCCUUGUUCUGACGAGAGAAGAGGUAAUGCACUGGAUUACCAAGAAAGCUUUGCAUUGCGAUCAGCAUAUUGUGCCCCUUCUCCUGCUCCGGACCCGCCUUGGGACCCCCCUCUAAGUAGAGGCCUCCUCUACUUAGAGGGCUCUCAGGGAGCCACGCGGGAUUGGUCUGCAUGCCGCCUCCUUGUGGAUGACUCAACUGAAAGCCCAGCCAGGACUGACGCCGAUAAAUCACGCUCUUGUUGUUGGCCGCCGAGCUGCAAACUUUACCUACAACACCCACCUUCUCAACAGCUGAGACCAUCAAUCUAUGUAACCUUCUCAAUCUUGCAAACAUCAUGUCCCAUCACCUGUAUGAUCCCUUUGCCCCUGAGAACCAAAGCUCUACCCAGGGGCAGUAUGGACUCCACAGUCAACAGGCAGAGAUUGACCCUCGGAGGGGAACUUCUCGUCUUGGACCUGGGUCCAGCUUCAGUUCUUCUGGAACUUCCUCUGUGAUUCCCAGCAACUCUGGAGGAAUGAUCCCAUCUCUGAUGUCGCAGUCAAUGAGCUACAGGCCUGAACAGGGUAGGGCCAUAAUGGAUGUGGACAUAGAGAGGUCUAUAGAUAUGCAUAUUAGUAGAGCCAGAGAGGAGUCGAGGGUUCCCGGUAAUCCAGUGCAGCGGCCUAUAGACCAGGACAUUCGAUUUACCAGCACACAAAGAGAUGAGUUUCGCUCAUCAAGUACCGGGAUGACCUCCUACGCAAUGCCUUCAGCCUCUGCCUCUCUAGGACAUAGACACUCAGAUGUUGAAAGCAGCAGAGGCUCCAUGGACUGGUCGAAUUACAAAAGGCCCACCGCGGAUGACUCUACAUUUUAUUCAUCAUCUGCUUCUUCUAGCUAUGCAGGUGGUAGCGACGGUAGGUUUCAUGCCCCAAGUGAAAGAGAACGUGAAAUGCAGCCCAUUCCAGGGUUAGGUGGUUAUGACUACCCUGGUCCAGACAAACCUGCGGCUUCUACAGAGUCCAGUCGACCUAAGUACACCUCUCAAUCAGCUGCUAACAUCCUUAUGCACUUUGGACUUGAAAAAGAGGACUUGGAACAUCUCAUCUCCUACCCUGAAGACCAGAUCACCCCCGCCAACCUGCCAUUCAUCUUGCGUCAAAUCCGUAUCGAGAAGACCAAGAAGCCUACAUCUGCAGGUCAGUCAAAACCUUACCCAGAUCCCCAGCCCACCAGAAGUGUGGGUCAAAUGGACAGUCACAGUUUGAGUACUUCUGGGGGGUCAGGGAUACGCCAGGAAAAAAUCUCUUCAGCUGUUCUUCAGCCAAGUAAAGUGAUUGACUAUGGACAUACUGGUAAAUAUACAGGAGGGGCUGGAGAUGAGAUUGGACAAACUGGUGGCAGCAGGGCUAACAGUGUUGGGAGUGGAGGGAUGUUACUGAUGGACAGUUAUGAUACCUCCAGACACAGUCAAGAACCACUGCCAAAAAUGACAACAGAGGUGAGCAGUUCCUUGGGUUCUUCCCGUCAGCAGGCAGGCAGUACCAACUUUUCAUACGCUUCAAUACUGAAACCUGUAGCUCCCCCAGGCCAUGAUCAUACCACACGACUGCAGACACAACCAAACCAGACCUCCCAAACAAUCCCCAGCUCUUUCUCUCUGCCAAGUAAAGACACAGACAUCAGAGUUCUCCAGACAGAAGCCUCCAAACCCGGUCCUUCAAAAGAACCUAUGUUGGAUCGCCAGUCAGCGUCAAAAACCCAGCCACCUGUCAGUUUGCUCCGUGGUGUGCAUCCCAGCCGAACUGGCCUAGUGCUCUUUGACAGUAAUAACAAGAGUGGCACUAAGGAUCAGAGUAAAACUCAAAGUCAAGGGUCAACAGUUGCUGAGCAGAUGAAAAAGCUGCAGUCGCAGAAGAAGCCAAUUCAGCAGAAGCCACCAGUGGAGCAACAAUCAAAGCAUCAGAUGCACCAGGCACUGAAACAGCCAACGGGGCAAGUUAUGUGGCCUCCAGUUUUUUCUGCCGCAAAAUCAGUUCCUCCUGCUGCCGUUAUCACCAACAUCACCGAUGCUCCACGUGCCAUGCAGCAUUCGAUGUUUAUCCCUGGUGCCCCUCGUCCCAUCGUCAUUCCUCCAGUUCUGCCUCAGCUGAUCCCGCCCCUGAUGACCUUCAAUCAAAUGCCGCUGACAGCUUCUAAGCAGAAGCAUUCAACCAAGGUGGCAGUCUCCAAGGGCCGUCCAACACCAGCCAUGAUGCAUGACUACGCAGCUGCCUCGCCGAAAAUCUUUCCACAUACCUGUUCUCUGUGUAACAAAGAAUGUACUCAUAUGAAGGAUUGGAUCUCCCACCAGAACACCAGCCUUCACCUUGAGAACUGUACACUCCUGCGAACAAGAUACCCAGAGUGGGAUGGUGAGAUAACAGCAGGGCCCAGGACUGCAGGUAAAGACACCAAGGCCUCAGCCUCAAUCUCUGCACUGACCUCCCAGCCUCGUCACCAGAGGAGCAGGCAUGACAGUAGCUCCCGUUCCCGCUCCCGCUCAUCCAGCCCCCGCCACAAACGUGGUUCAGAGCGUAGAAGGGAGAAACACAGUAGCCGAUCACAAUCGCCACACACCUCCAGACACACUCGCAGGUCCAGGUCUCGUUCCCAUGACCGUCUGGCAGCCUCCCGCUAUCGGUCACGUUCAAGGAGCCCUGAGAGACGAUCUCCGCCAAGAAGGAGAGAUGAGAAACGGUCCUCACCAAGGAGAAAUGAUGAGAAACGAUCAUCUCCCCGGCGGAGCCAUGAGAGACGAUCAUCACCGAGGAGGAGUGACGACAGACGAUCGCCACCAAGGAGGCGUGACGACAGACGAUCGCCACCGAGGAGGCGUGACGACAGACGAUCGCCAACACGGAAGAGUCGUGACAGCAGAUCGCCAACACGGAAGAGUCGUGACAGCAGAUCGCCAACACGGAAGAGUCGUGACAGCAGAUCGCCAACACGGAAGAGCCGAUCAUCCAGAGAGGGAUCUUCUCCUCAACAAAGGAAGUCGAGCAUUGCAGAACGACUGGCGAAGAAUCUACUAGAAACAUCAGCUGUCCAGUCUCUGUCAAAGCGGUCUGACCUGGAGGCCAUGGUUAAAACUCUGACUCCUGCCCUCCUGGCUGAGAUUGCCAAGUUGGAGUCCUCAUCUUCCUCUUCUACAGCCAAGAAGGAGUCGACCACAAACUCAUCUAAAGCAAAGCCCAGCCUGCAGAAGGGAAAGUCUGGUAAGUCUUCAGCUCCAACCAUGGUGAGACUAGAUGGGGUUGAUAAAUCUCUCUCACACAGCGAUAUGGCUGCCCGUAUUGGACAGUUUGGAAAAACCAAGUCGAUUGUAAUGCUUCGGGCCGUGAAGCAGGUAAACGUGUGUUUCGAAAAGGAGGAAGAUGCUAAGAAACUGAGGAGCGCAAAGAGCUUCAAAUUGAAGGGAUUUAUAAUUACUGUUGCCGGAGAAAAGGAGACUGUUACUAAGGAGCAAAAGAAGCCUCCUCAGAAAAAACCUGCAACACCCACCACAACCCCUAAAACCGGCAAAGUCACCAGUCAGAAGAUUGCAUCUAAAGGCUCAGUUAAAGCCCUAACGACUGUCACAAAAUCAAAAGCCUUGGUUUCCAAAGCCAAAACCAUCUCAACCAAGCUCACUAAUACGCUAAAAACAGGAAAACUGCCGGUGAAGGGAGCUGCAAAAAAGGUCGUGGUGAAGCAAAAAACAUCCUCCGUAUCAAAGUCCACAGGUCCUAAAAGUCAGCCUGUUGCUGGUCACUCCAAGCAAAAACCUGUACCUGAAAAGUCUGGGACCAGUGUUAAAGAAUCUGUUGCGGUGCCGAAAGAAACAGCUGAGGGUGAUAAGCCAGCAAACAAGACUGUUACCCAACCAAGUAAAGGCAAAGUCACCGAAGCGAAGGCCUCAACUACCCAGAAACCCAGAAGUCCAGCAGACAAGUUGGCUGCAGCAGAAGGUGUGGUAAAGGAAAAGCUUGAAGAAACGGCCACAAAGACUAAAGUAUCUGAAACCAAGGUUCGAGAAGCUGUGGUGGAGCCGAAAGACACCGCAAAAAUGACUGUUACUCAACCAACAAAAGUCAAAGACAGUGUCACCGAAGGAAAGGUCAAGGUUUCCAAAGCGGAAACAGCCUCAACUACUCCAGAAACCCAAACUACAGCCGGAGGUGUGGUAAAGGAAAAGGUUAAAGAAACAUCUACAAAGGCUGCGAGUGCUCCAGAAAGUCGGCCCGAUUUGGAAAGUUCCAAACCUAAAGAAUCUGAAACUAAGGUCAGAGGAGAUGUGGUGGUGCCAAAAGACACAGAAAACGUGACAGUUUUGGAACCUGAGCAUCAAGCAAAACUUGACAAAGCCAGUGACGCCAAGGACGCGGAACCAGUGCAGCCUGGGAAAACAGGAGGUGAAGCGGCGGAGCCCAUGGAAGUUGAGAGUGCAGUCGAGACCCAGCCAUCAGAACGCUCUGUCAAAGAGUCUUCUGAACAAGGACUGGAGACCAAAACAGACGCUUCACAAAUGCAACAGCAGGCCGGAGGAAGCCCAGCUGUCGAGGCCAAGCUGCCAGGUGGAGGCGUUCAGACAAAAACAAGGCAUAAAGACCCUGUGAAGGACGAAGCACCAACCAAGGAUUCCUCUGCCUCAGCUGCUCCAGUCGUCAGCGAGCAGCCAUCGGCAACUGAAGUUACUCCUCUGACUAUUGGGGAAAUGGUAGAAAAACACCUGAAUACACACAGAAUAGUGUGCCUCAAGUCACAAACCCUCUUCUCACCAAGAUUUUUCCAACUCCAUAAGAAGCACGUGCUCAUAACCAGACUGCCGAAGUACGAGGAUGGUCUCUACACAGAGGAGGACGUUGCCAAACUGCUCACUCCAUAUGGGUUUCAAUAUACUGAUGAAAACAUCAAUAUUGUUCCUCAGACACAAAUGGCUUUCAUCCGGAUGCCAUCAAUGGAGACUGUGCGCAACUUAAUGACCAAAGUCAAGGAACAGAAAGGCUUUGUGUUCAGAGGGUCGACAACCCGUUUCAGUGUACUAGGAAGUGACAUUGCAAUGACCCCGCUCGGGUUUUACAAAUUAAUGAUGAAGCUGAUGGAUUUCCCUGUCCGUAACGAUGGAACAAAAAUAAUCUUCAUCAGUAACAUUUCACCGAGCGAGACCAGGGAGCUCAGAGAAGCUCUGAAAAAAAUGGGUUCAGUCAGAAACUUCCUGCCUCUCCUCAACAAGGUAUAUGUAGAAUUCGACGGUGAACGCGACGCUGAUCGGCUCGGAGUUUGGUACAGUCUCCUGAAACAACCCCCAGAACACAAAAUCCACAGGCUGAAAACACCAAACAGCACCUCUACAUCACUGCCGCCGAGGCUUCCUGAGAACGCUGUGCCGGAUGGCAAGGAUGCAGUCGACGGAGCAACAGUCCCGCUGACCAGAUUGGGAGUUCCGGAGGGCAGCGCCUCACCGUUUUGGAUCACGAUGAAAACGAGUCCCUUCCUGUUCCCCACCGCGUCUCCUUGGUUCAUCGUCCCAGAUUACCUGACAGUCAGAGGAGAGGAAGACAUCGAGGAGGCCAGUCGUGGUUCCAUGUUCCCCACAAUCAUGCUGACUGGUUUACCAGAGGGAAACUACAAGCAUGAGGACGUCGCCCGGCUGAUCUGGCGAUAUUUGCCAAAACACAGCCUCCGCUCCCUGUACUACAACGUGACGGUGUUAACGCUGCAGAGGAGGGCCUUUGUGUUUUUCGCUGAUUGGACCGCCUGCUGCAAUUUCGCCCGAGAUCACAUCAAAGAUCCUGUUUCUGUCCAAGGCUGCACACUCAGUGUCCACUUCGUCUUGCACCACUUGGAUCUUCAGUCCAGUGAGGAGACGAUGUAUAAAACGCUGAUGAAGCUGAGCAACGCAGGAGUUCCCGACCAAAACUCUCUGGAGGAGCGGCUGUUGUGUGUUGAGACUUCUGAGACGUCUGUGGAAAUCGUCAGGAUGGUCACAGAAGUUGUGGCGUCCAUUGCGAGCUUUGUCAACUUCCUGCCGCUCGCUAACAGGAUAUGCAUUGAGAUGGCGGACUCCAGUGGAGUAACACAAGUGAUGGAGAAACACACCUCUUUCUCACCUGGCUCUCUAGUUUGGAGUAAAGUUCUGCGUUUUGAGACUUUGAAGAGCCUAAAAGAGCGUCUACAAGAUGCCAGUGAGAUCAACAUUGAUCCAGAACCCAUCAGCGUCAGUGAAGCCAAGUCCUCAGAUGUGGAGCAUCAAACCCAGCUGCCUCCUCCUGCUCUGGGAACCAGUGGUCCUGUUGAGGAGCUCGUCACAACAGAACCAAGUGCAGCCGCCUCCAUAGAUGUUGCAAUGGAGGAGGAUGUUGAGAAACCAGGAACUGAGAUCACCGCAGACUCCGCUGUCGUUCCCGAGGCAAGAGAAGAGGUAGAGAAGGUGAAGGCUGAGGAGGAGACGCGAACAACAGGUGAUGUGAACUCAGUCCCUGCAGAUUCCAGCCUCGAGCCCUCAGACGCAGCGCACAAGCCCGAAGAAAACUUUGCAGAGUUUUCUCAGCUGAACGAGGACAUCUUCGCGGCGCUGACGGCGGCAGUUCGCCAGCACAGACUCACCCGAGAGAGCAAGACGCAGAGUGAGGAGGAGGGCACCAGCAAAAACAACACAAGCUCCAAAGCUGAAGAGAAGCCUCAGAGAACGGGCCAGGAUGAUUUUACAGAUGAUGUUUCUUCAGACGCCUUCCUUCUUGACGAGCAGAAUUUUGACCUGGACGAUUUUGUCACUGUUGAUGAAGUCGUUGACGAGGGGGAGGUAAAAAGCUCCAAGCAUCAUCGCUCCCCCUCCUCAUCCCCCUCUAGAGCAAGAAGAGAGAAGCAAAGCUCAGGCGUGUCCUCUAGUGGCAAGAAGACCUCAACAAGGUCUUCAAAAGACUCCAGGAACUCAGCCUCUUCCUCAUCCUCCUCAUCAAAGUCAGCUAAAGCCACAAGCUCCUCUGACUCCAGCACCGGGUCACCAAAAAAGUCCAAGAGCUCAUCUGAGCCCAAUAAACUGUCCUCUGCCAGUGUCAGUAAGCCCUCUUCCUCCUCCUCCUCCUCCUCUCGACGAUCCACUGAAAUCCCAUGCUCACCUGGUCAGAAAACACAGCAGAGCAAGACAAAAUCUGCAGCAAAAUCAUCAAGUGCUGCAUCUUCCGGUCGCAGCACCCGCUCAUCUUCUGCUGCACAUGAAAGGGAAAAGAUAUCGUCAGCCACGACCGUCGAGGCUUCAGUAGAAACUCAUCCAGAGCUGCUGAGAGACACAAAAGACUCAGAGGGUGCACUAGCAAAGUGUGACCACACAGUGUCAGCAGAGGGCAGUGCUGCAAAAACUGUUGAGUCAGAGACAAAAAUAGAAACAUCAGAGAUGCAUCCAUCGUCACAAGGACAUGGGGAAGAGUCGAGCCAAGCCCAGAGUCUGGAGAUUGAUGUUAAUAUCAGGACACGGAAGAAAGGAAAACAGGAAGGGAAUGAAGAUAAUGCUGACAAACACACCAAGGAGGAGGAGGACGACUGUAAAAACGACCAAAUCCUUGAUUCACUUGAUCAGACAGAUAAACAGAUGGAUGAUGGGGACCGAGACGGCAGCUCUGAAACCAAUCUAGCUGUACCUGAGGAAGGCCAGACUGUGUGUGAGCGAAGUUAUCAGGUGUUGGACAGUGUCGAUGAUAAAGGCAAAACCCGACCAGAGGACAACAGUGAAAUGGACAUUGACGGUUCUUUCCAAGUGUUAGACAGUGUUACUGAAGACCAAGCAGCAACAGGUCAAGAGGACAGUCGUCCUGUCCUAGAUGAUGGUUCCACAGUAAAGGGACUGUCUGAGGAAGAUGCUGGUCCUGUAGUUGAUAAAUCUCUUGAGAAAUCUCCAGUUAAAGAUGCAGUUGGUGAAGAACAGCAGACAAAUGACGAAGAUAAUUUCCAACCAUUAGAUACAGGUGGCAAACAAGCUGAAAGGGGCGAGGAAGACGGGAGGAACAGAAAUGAAGAAGGAGAUUCCAAAGAUUUGGAAAAUCCUGCUGCAGAUGAGCCUGUUCAAGAUCCUGACAAUGAAGAUACUGAGCAAGAAACCUUUGAGAUACUGGAUUCAGUUGAUGAUCAGACUGCAGCAGAAGAUGACAACCAAAAACUUGAAACUGGCAUUGACCAGAUAUCUAAAGAAGACAUUGGACCCACAGAACAAGAGGACACAUUCCAGGUAAUUGAUUCUUUGGAGAAUCAGCCAGAGACGGACAACAAGGAAGAAAGGACCAGGAAAGGGGAGACAACUGUCAGAAAAGACGGAGCUACGAGGAGGAGUGGCCGCACAAACACAGCAUCUAAAACUGAAGAGAAGGAGAAAUCUCCAAAGAAACAAGACAAGGUGGUUAAAAAACAUGAGACACGGACAAAGAUGGACACCACUGCAGGAGGCUCUGAGGAGAUGAUGUAUGAGGUAGUAGAUUCUGUUGAAGACGAUCCAGUUCAAGAUGUCGCCACCCCAGAAAGGUCAAGUCGAAGAAGGAGUGCAAGAGGGAAGACGGAGGAGAAAAGUUCAUCAAAACCUACAGAAGUGUCUGAAAGACCUGUCAGGGACGAAGAGGCUACUUACAAGAUUUUAGACUCUGUGGAAGAAGAAACUGCUGAGGAGGAACCAGCCGUCACGACAAGAACUACGAGAGGAAGAAGGGAAAGAACGGGUAAGAAAGAUGCUUCCAACGAGAAGACAAACAAAGAGGACACCCCAACGAGAAGGAGGCACAGUCCUGCUGGUCAGUCACAGGAACGAAGGGAAGAAACACCAAAGAAAGAGGAGAAAGCCUCUCCAACUAAGAAGACUGGCAUCAGAGAGGCAAGUGAGGACGAUGGUACCUAUGAAAUAUUGGACUCUGUGGAGGACGAGGCUGUGAAGGAUGAUCGGCCCGCUAGAGGACGAAAAGGAAGAAGAGGAAGACCAAAGAAAGACGUCAAAACAGCUGAAAAGGACAAAGACACGAUAAAGAAAGCCGAAAAAGUAGCAGAGGAAGAAGAAGCAACAUAUCAGAUUGUUGAUUCUGUGGAGGACGACACGACCGACGAUCAGCCCCCAUCAGGACAGACUUCUAGUAAAAAAGACCUUUCUAAAAAUGAUGACAAGCAAACUAAGAGCAGUGCAUCAUUCCCAGGAUCAACCAGUAAUGAGGAGGAGGAAGAGCCCAUGUAUCAGAUCGUAGAUUCUCUGGAAGAAGAGGAAGAGGAGCCGACUGCUGCAGAGACGCCCGAUAUGGGGAAGAAGAAAAAAACCAAUGGAGAGCCAUCAAAUGAAGAAGGCGACGCCCUGACACACGGUACAAAAGCUUCAGUAGCAUCUGGAAAAUCGCUGGUCAAGGAGGACUGUCUGUCUGAGGUGGUUGUAAAAGAGGAUCCACCUGCAGUAGAAGAGGAGAACACGUCCAAAACAGGAAGUAAGAACGAGGACAAAUCACCUCGAAAGUCCCAAAGUGAUACUGAGCUACCUGAGGUGGAAAACAGACAAAAAUCAGCUGAGAGAAACGACACAGCGAGCACUCUGGUCAACCUGGACGAAGUGAGCGAGGAUGAGGAGGAUUACCCCGACGAUACAGCAGAGGAGGAAGAGCUGAGGAAGAGACAAGACACCACAAGAGAGAAGCAGAUCACCAAGGAGAGGGAGAGAAGGAGCCGGAGCAGCAGCAAAGGAGGAGGAAGCAGCUGUGGACGAACAAGGAGGUCCAAGGAGAGAGGGAGGGAGAGUGAGGAGAAGGUGGAGGUCGACUCCAAGGACCUGGUGACGCUGGAUGAGGUGGGGUCAGAUGAGACCGGAGAGGAAAGACCUCAGGAGAUCACGGAGGGAGAGCUGCAGACACUCGUCACUCUGGACGAGUUUGUAGAAGAAGAAGAAGAAGAGGAGGAUGUUAAAGUGGAGCAGUCUACACUGGAGACCCGCCCACUCCUCCAGGGGGACGAAUCAGUGGACUCCUUAAACCCAGAGACUUUGGUGACUUUAGAUGAAGCAGGCGGCGAUGAGGAAGAGCAAGCGGAGAAAACCUCAACAUCUGCAAAACGCAAACAUGAUGACGACACAGAGGAAAGUAUGAACUUUGUGACGGUAGAUGAGGUGGGAGAGGAGGAGGAGGAAACGGUUACAACCCGGACAAGAGGUCGACCCAGGAAGAGAAGCAGACCGACUCCUGUGAGAAAAUCUACCAGAGGCAAAAAAGUGAGCGCAAAAGACAGCACAGAAGAAGAAAAGCUGGCACUUGAUGCCUCCACGUCAUCGGACACAAAUCCAUCUACGCUGUCAAGUGACGUUCCGCCAGAGGUCCAGAAGAAAGACGAGGAGGAGGAGGAGGAGGAGGGAGGAGCAGCGAGACAAGCCGACAUCAGUGCCUCCUCUGCUGGGCAGGAGACGCCAACAGAGCUCCCUGAAGUCCAAACUCCUGACGAAUGUGUGGAGGAAGGCGAGGAAGAGAAGGAAGGAUGGAGCAGGGCGGACAUUAAAGCUGUGAGUAAACGCAGGAGGGAGCUCGUCGGACCUGAAGCUAAGAGAGCUCGUUCUCAGUCUCCUUGUGUCUCUGCUGACUUCAAACUGCCGCCGUUCAAACCCAACAACCCCCUCGGUCAGGAGUUCGUGGUCCCUAAAUCAGGGUAUUUCUGUAACCUCUGCUCUGUUUUCUACCUGACCGAGAGCACCGCCAAGGACACACACUGCAGCAGCCGGAGACACUACGACAACCUGGAGAAACAUUAUCAGACGCUGGAACAGGAACCAUCAAGAAGUUCUCAAGGCUCCGUUUCAGAUUGAUCCCGACUUUCAUCUGCUGGUUUUUGUGAACUGUACAAAGCUUAAAAAGAUAAACUCAUUGAAUUGCUUUCUGCAAAUGAUACCUGAUCAAUAUUUUAGCAUGAGUUGUCUCACAGUCACAAGUGAAGAAAUGAAAACAUCCGAUCUGUAAGAAUUGAGACAGAAAUGUCACAUUUCAGUGUCAUCUGUAUGUAUAUAUGCUGUGAAUUCCUCACAUCCAUGUUUGCUAUCGUGUGUGUUUUGUCAUCCUUUCUGUUCUCAUGAAUUUAAUUAAAUGUUAGUAAAAAAAAUAAACUUUUUUAAAAAAAA